AUUGCAAGUCAGUGCGCGGUGAAAUUUAACACCAGCCGGAUUUACUAGGCUCCUCUUCUUCCAGGCGAAGCAGCCGGCAGUCAAGCGCCUGCAGUUGCCACCGGCCCCCUCGGCACCAACUUGAUUUCCCAAGUGGGUGUGUGUGCUUGUUUGACAAAUGUUUGGGCGCAGGCUGCUCCCAAGGACUUCCUCCCCUACUUUCAUCUCCUUCUUCCCACCCCCACCUCCCACCCCGCCUUUCUCCUCCCAGGCCCAAAGCAGAGAGCUCUUCUGGAGUCACGGAGUCUCCUUUGAACCGCAAGUGAACUCCAGGGCUGCUCUGGAAACCUAGCUCUGGCUGUUGCCGCUGCUCCCAACUGCCUCAGGGUGAAGUCUCUCUCACCUCUGGUCCCCCCAGGGGAGAGCGACCCCGGCUGCAGUCAGGCAGGGAGCAUCCUAGCUAUCUUUCUCCCUGGGUGCUGCUUCCUACCCCCAUACUGCUUCAUCCCUUACCCCACCCUACACUCCGUUCUGCGGGUAGGAGCAUGGUUCUCAUGUGAUUUUCCCCCUUUUCAUGGACAGUACCUGCACCUUUAGCAGUUCGGAGCUGGCUUCUGUUUUCCGUUAGUGCUUUGCUGCAGGGACAAAUGCAUACAAAUGCAUUUAGGAGCCUACAGGACAAGGCAUGGAAAGGUCUCCCCCACCACAGAAACGAAACUGUUUCUUCGCUUUAUUGUACUAUGUGUGGUGUGGAUUUCUGUUCAUGCACAGGGACAAGGCAUAGAUAUUCUUCAGCAACUAGGCCUUGGAGGCAGAGAUGUAAGAUACACGUCAUCGGUGACAGCUGUGCCGUCAUCGUCAUGGUCCACACCAUUACCUCAGGGGGUCCAUUUAACAGACUUUGGUGUCAUCUUAACAGAUAAUGCCUAUAUUGAGUCACCUCUCGUGAACAUUUUACCCAUUAGCCUAAGACAGCCACUGACAGUAUUGAUUGGGUUGCAAUCAUUCAAAGUGAACAAUGCAUUUCUCUUCAGCAUUCGGAAUAACAACAGACUGCAGUUUGGCGUACAGCUACUACCUAAGAAACUAAUAGUUCAUGUCGGAGGAAAGCAGACAGUAACCUUCAACUACAGUGCCCAUGAUGAGCGAUGGCACUCAUUCGCCAUCACUGUUGACCACCAUGUCAUCUCCAUGUUUGUUGAGUGUGGAAAGAGACAUUUUAGUGGAGAGACGACUUCAGACGUUCAGACCUUUGACCCUCACAGUGUGUUUACCUUGGGAAGUAUAAAUAACAGCUCUGCCCACUUUGAAGGAACAGUGUGCCAGUUGGAGAUCAUGCCUUCCACAGCGGCAUCUGCGGAGUAUUGCAGACACCUGAAACAGCAGUGCCUCAGAGCAGACGCAUCCCAAGCUCAAAGAAACCUUCCUCACACGGCAGGAAUGCCCACCAGACACCCUGCGCACACUCCAUUACCCAGAGGAUUUCCUGGAACAGAUUCACCACAGAAGAGAUUCACAGAGCAGGAUUCCUUGCCAAAAGGAUUUGAUGGAACAGAACUGCCACGGGAGACGUUCGCUGAUGGCAAAAGCAUUCCAAACAACAGAAGUAAUGGUUCUGCCACGGUACAUGAAAGCCAAGAGCACCAGACACCAAGGGCUCAGUUAACUUCUUUCCAUUCAGGAAACAUCUCCGCUGUGACUCUCCCAAACUACAGAAUUCAGGCUAAAGAAAUCACCACCAAGGAAGAAACAAAUUUAACCCUGUCAGUGGCCCAUCACCUCCCUAGUGAGGCAAGAAUGAAUGAAGAGGGGAGAAUUAACCCUCUCUUCGCUGGAUUCGACAACAUCACCCAACACGAGGAGGCAGCUGGCCUGCCCCUGCCUAAGAAAGCAUCAUCCGGCUUUGCACACACAAAUCAAGACACCAUGAAGAACCUCGAGAAGGCUCUCACGGCAAAUCUAUACACCAAUGAGCUCAUAGAAAUGGAACGGAUCUUAAACAGCACCUUGUAUAGAGUUAUGUACGGGCCCUCGGUGGAUAACCACCUUGAACUAAGGAAGGAAGGUGAAUUUUACCCUGAUGCCACGAAUCCCAUCGAAGGCAGCUAUGAGCCCCAGGCUUAUGAUUAUUACUCUUAUGAGGAUUACAACGCAGUGCUUGACAUGGAGUACCUGAGAGGGCCGAAGGGAGACCCGGGACCUCCUGGUCCCCCUGGUCCGAUGGGUAUCCCAGGUCCGUCAGGCAAGAGAGGCCCGCGGGGUAUUCCAGGACCACAUGGAAAUCCCGGGUUGCCUGGACUGCCAGGUCCAAAGGGCCCCAAAGGAGAUCCUGGGCUGUCCCCAGGCCAAGCUGCUUCUGGAGAAAAGGGUGACCCAGGUCUUUUGGGGUUAGUGGGCCCCCCUGGCUUACAAGGUGCAAAGGGUCUCAAAGGACAUCCAGGGCUCCCCGGACUCCGCGGCGAACACGGACUUCCAGGACUCGCUGGUAAUAUUGGCUCACCUGGCUACCCUGGCAGGCAGGGUUUAGCUGGACCAGAGGGUAACCCAGGCUCCAAAGGUGUCCGAGGUUUCAUCGGUUCUCCUGGAGAGGUGGGACAGCUGGGACCUGAAGGAGAAAGGGGCACCCCUGGGGUCCGUGGAAAGAAGGGUCCGAAGGGGAGACAGGGUUUCCCAGGUGACUUUGGAGACAGAGGCCCUGCUGGUCUGGAUGGCAGUCCUGGGCUUGUAGGUGGCACCGGACCUCCCGGGUUUCCUGGUGUUACAGGAAGUGUUGGUCCUGCAGGACCGACUGGACCUCCAGGAGCUCCUGGCCCAAUGGGCCUUUCAGGAAGUAGAGGACCAUCUGGAAUCAAAGGUGAUAAGGGUGAGCAAGGUGUGGCAGGGGAGCCAGGAGAACCCGGGUAUCCUGGAGACAAGGGCAACAUUGGAUCACCAGGACCACCAGGGAUAAGAGGAAAGUCAGGACCUUCAGGACAACCAGGUGACCCAGGACCACAAGGACCAUCUGGCCCUCCAGGACCAGAGGGUUUUCCGGGAGACAUUGGGAUUCCUGGACAAAAUGGACCUGAAGGACCAAAGGGACAUCUUGGAAACAGAGGGCCCCCUGGUCCUCCAGGUCUCAAAGGAACUCAGGGAGAAGAAGGACCAAUUGGACCCUUUGGAGAACUGGGAUCUAGGGGAAAACCAGGUCGAAAAGGGUAUAUGGGUGAACCAGGGCCAGAAGGCUUAAAGGGAGAAGUGGGAGACCAAGGAGAUAUUGGGAAAACUGGUGAAACAGGGCCCGUUGGUUUACCUGGAGAAGUAGGGAUAACCGGAAGCAUUGGUGAGAAGGGAGAACGUGGAAGUCCAGGCCCACUUGGUCCCCAGGGGGAAAAAGGUGUCAUGGGCUACCCAGGUCCUCCUGGGGCUCCAGGGCCCAUGGGCCCACUUGGAUUACCUGGUCUUGUUGGGGCAAGAGGCGCACCUGGGAGUCCGGGUCCUAAAGGACAAAGAGGACCCAGAGGACCAGAUGGCCUUGCAGGGGAUCAAGGAGGACAUGGUGCUAAGGGUGAAAAAGGAAACCAAGGGAAAAGAGGGCUUCCUGGCCUCCCCGGUAAGGCUGGAAGCCCUGGGGAGAGGGGAGUUCAAGGAAAACCGGGCUUCCAAGGACUGCCUGGCAGCUCAGGAGACGUGGGGCCUGCCGGAGAACCCGGACCACGAGGACUGCCUGGUAUUGCUGGACUUCCUGGAGAGAUGGGUGUUGAGGGACCUCCCGGCACUGAGGGAGACUCUGGCCUGCAAGGUGAACCAGGUGCUAAGGGAGAUGGUGGACCUGCCGGCAGUGCUGGAGCCACUGGGGAGCCGGGGCCGCGAGGAGAACCAGGAGCCCCUGGAGAAGAAGGUCUCCAAGGAAAAGAUGGGUUAAAGGGGGCUCCAGGAGGAAGCGGACUUCCUGGAGAGGAUGGAGACAAAGGAGAGAUGGGCUUACCAGGAACGGCAGGGCCCGUGGGGAGACCAGGUCAGAUGGGCCUUCCAGGACCUGAAGGAAUUGUGGGAACCCCGGGACAAAGAGGUCGACUAGGGAAAAAGGGUGAUAAAGGACAAGUAGGACCCACGGGAGAAGCUGGAAGCAGAGGACCCCCUGGAAGCGUUGGGGAAAAUGGCCCUAAGGGUGCCAGGGGAACUCGAGGUGCUGUGGGUCCAUUAGGAUUGAUGGGACCUGAAGGCGAACCAGGAAUCCCAGGAUACAGAGGUCAUCAAGGUCAACCAGGACCCUCUGGAUUGCCAGGACCUAAAGGAGAAAAGGGCUACCCAGGAGAAGAUAGCACAGUUCUGGGACCUCCUGGGCCUCCAGGUGAACCAGGGCCAAUGGGGGAGCAAGGAGAGACAGGGGAACAUGGCGAAGAAGGCUAUAAGGGCCAUAUGGGUGUGCCAGGACUCAGGGGUGCCACUGGACAGCAAGGACCCCCAGGUGAACCAGGUGACCAGGGUGGACAAGGACCGAAAGGAGAGAGAGGAUCUGAAGGUCCUCAGGGGAAAAGGGGAGUUCCUGGUCCUUCUGGGAAGCCAGGCAUUCCCGGAGUUCCAGGCUUUCCUGGGCCAAAAGGCUUACAAGGAUACCCUGGAGUCGACGGCAUGUCAGGAUACCCUGGGAAGCCUGGUCUACCAGGAAAACAAGGACUUUUGGGUGUCCCGGGCAGCCCAGGGAGAACAGGAGUGGCUGGAUCCCCAGGUCCUCAAGGAGGAAAAGGCGCAUCAGGCCCUCCAGGAAGCCCUGGUGCUCCAGGCCCAAAGGGUGAACAAGGGCUGCCUGGUCAGCCUGGAGUCCCGGGUCAAAGAGGUCAUCGAGGAACACCAGGCGACCAAGGACUCCGUGGAGCGCCUGGUCUGAAAGGGCAGCCUGGGGAACAUGGUGAUCAAGGUUUGGCAGGUUUCCAGGGAUUCCCAGGCCCCAGAGGUCCCGAGGGAGAUGCUGGCAUUGUUGGAAUUGUAGGCCCUAAAGGUCCCAUUGGGCAGAGAGGAAACACUGGCCCUCUUGGCCGAGAAGGGAUAAUAGGCCCAACGGGUGGAACUGGACCCAGAGGUGAAAAAGGCUUUAGAGGUGAAACUGGUCCCCAAGGACCGAGAGGUCAACCAGGACCCCCUGGUCCACCUGGAGCACCUGGUCCAAGAAGACAAAUGGAUAUCAAUGCUGCUAUUCGAGCUCUGAUAGAAUCAAAUUCUGCCCAGCAGAUGGAGAGUUACCAGAACACUGAAGGGACCUUAAUCAGCCACAGUUCAGACAUAUUCAAAACCCUGACCUACCUUAGCAGUCUCCUGAGCAGCAUCAAGAAUCCUCUUGGCACCCGAGAAAACCCAGCACGGAUCUGCAAGGAUUUGCUCAGCUGUCAGUACAAGGUUUCAGAUGGAAAAUACUGGAUUGACCCAAAUCUCGGAUGCUCUUCAGAUGCCUUUGAGGUUUUCUGCAACUUUAGUGCUGGAGGCCAGACAUGUUUAUCUCCCGUUUCUGUGACAAAGUUGGAGUUUGGAGUCAGCAAAGUACAGAUGAACUUUCUUCACUUGCUGAGCUCAGAAGCCACCCACACCAUCACCAUUCACUGUCUAAACACCCCAAGGUGGAGCAGCACAUGGGCGGAUGGUCCAGAGUUGCCUAUUAGUUUCAAAGGAUGGAAUGGUCAGAUUUUUGAAGAAAAUACUCUACUUGAACCACAAGUCCUCUCAGAUGACUGCAAGAUUCAGGAUGGUAGCUGGCACAAGGCGAAAUUCCUUUUUCACACCCAGAAUCCUAAUCAGCUUCCUGUGACUGAAGUCCAAAACCUUCCUCACCUUGGAACUGAGCAAAAGCGCUACAUUGAAAGCAAUUCCGUGUGCUUUCUCUAAGGCCCCCUCUAAGGUCAGCGGGGAAGCCAUGCUGUUGGUCAGGUAAUUGCAGAGGAAAAUGUAAACAGAAAGGUAUGUCGUUAUGAAAUGUAGGGGAAAGAAAAGGACAGGGGCUAAAUCUUAAGAAAUCUCAGGAAGAAACAAUUUCCUCCCAAGGAGAAAUGGCGGCAUUUUUAAAGGACUAUGAUAAUGUAUUUAAUUCUCUUAAAUUUUUUUAAUCGAUCUGAGCUUUCAUAAGGAACUCCCUAGAACUGAAAUUGUAUAGACUUGGAAUUCUUGAGGGUUUCUUGUGCUUUCGUCCCAUGAGACAGCUGGAGCUGCAGGGCCCCACGGAGCAGUACUGGAUAGUGCUCCAAACGGUGGGAUGUGUCUGUCUGAAACUUGCAAGCCACAGUCUGCAGCACCUUCAUGUCCCAAACACUAAGCUGUGUUCAGGUCCCCCAUGGGCAUAUAAAAUCUUAGUGGUGCACACUACCUCUUUUGUGUUUCCUUUUGGUGUUGCUUGGUGCUGUCUCCCAAAACAGGGUGCUGUGGCUGUCAUAAGACUAUUUUAUUUCUUCAUCUUCGUUAUCAAGAGUGUAUGUACUGGUUACAUCAAAAAUAUGUCUUAAUUGUUAAUACUUAUUUCCAUUUGUUUGGUCUCAUGCUUAAUAACAAGUAAAGUUAUUUAUGCAAGGUCCUUAUUUUAUUUUAAAAUUAUCUUUGUGCACACGGAAUCAAAGCCAGCAUGCUGUAACUCAUGUGUAUACACAAGAGACCGGGGGCUUUUCUUCUGUUGUUUUUCUUCUUUAAAUUGCUGUAAAAAGUACUUCAGGCCACCUAAAUCCAGUGGUAGGUUUGGAUUAGAAACUGGUGUUUGUGAUAUACUGUUUUAAAACUCCAAGAUCAUCUGGAAUGAUAUUCUGUAUAUAUAUAUAAAUAUUGUGUAAAGUUUUAAUCCAGCCAACCCUUUGGAAAUUUUGCUGCUGUUUUAAAUUAUAAAGUGUUAUAUUUAUGCUUUUAGAAAAUAUUUGCUUUGUAGUACUCAAUGGUUUUUCUUUCACUGUUCUGAAAUAAAAUUUUAUUGCUUAAAAGAAUUUCAUAGUCUUUGAAGCAACAUCGUACAUAAGGAACUCUUUUCCCACUAAAACUAAGCUCAGCCCAUUCAGUCUUUCCUUGUUGUCAGAGAAAAAUGUUAGUUCAAUAGUAAAGAAGAUGACUCUUGCUGUAUGAACGAGCCUGUUGUUCAUCUGUUACAAGCAUACUGUUAACCUCAGCGAACCACAUUUACCUGUCUAUAAUAAAGAGGUGCUUUAAAUCAUUUUG